AUGAUACUACGACAAGAGCAAAGACAGUAGCGCACUGGAUACCAACCCAUCCACAAACUCCUAAAACCCCAGGAAGCUGCUUGGCCAUGGCAACACCACCACACCAGUCCACCCGCUCCCAAAAACCCUAGACCCCAAAAUGACCACAACCCAAAAGAACCGCUAAAUCUCACAGCGACUUUCACCGCAAAAACAAAAUUAUAAUAAUAAAAAAAAUGUUCAGAAGAAGACUCGCUUCCCUUGUCUCCUCCUCAGUCCUCCUCCCCUUACUCCGCAGCAAACCCAUUCCCACACCGCAAUCCAUACAGUUCCUUCAAUGCCCUAUCCCUAAUUCGAAUUUGAAGCCCAAUGGGGCUGGGGUUUUGGAAGGGUAUAGGGCGUACAGCCUUCUGAGCCUGAACGAUCUGAGGGACAAGAUGCCGAGAAAGCAGAAGACGAGGAAGGGGCGUGGGAUAGGGUCCGGGAAGGGAAAGACAGCCGGGAGGGGUCACAAGGGCCAGAAGGCCAGAGGGUCCGGCAAGCUCGGCUUCGAAGGGGGUCAGACCCCGCUUCGUCGCCGCUUGCCCAAGCGUGGCUUCAAUAACCCUUUCAGUCUCACUUUUCAGCCAGUAGGGUUGGGAAAAAUUGCCAAACUUAUAAAUGCAGGGAAGAUAGAUUCUUCUGAAUUAAUUUCAAUGAAAACACUCAAGGAUACAGGAGCAAUAGGGAAGCAGAUAAAAGAUGGAGUAAGAUUGAUGGGACGUGGUUCUGAACAAAUCAAGUGGCCAAUUCAUCUGGAGGUUUCAAGGGUGACGGUUAGGGCAAGGGAAGCAAUUGAAGCUGCUGGAGGGUCUGUCAGAAGAGUGUAUUACAACAAAUUGGGCUUCCGAGCACUGCUCACGCCUGAGUGGUUUGAAAAGAAGGGCAGGUUGUUACCAAAAGCAGCUAGGCCUCCCCCGAAGCAAAGAGAUAAAGUUGAUAGCAUUGGCCGAUUGCCUGCCCCAACCAAACCUAUACCAUUUUCGGUUGAUGAAACAGAGGCACCCUCCUCUGCUUCAUCUGCUUAAUAAAACAGCAAAGCGGUUUGUUGGCUCAUUUUUAAGUAUUUGUAUUUUGAUGAGGAAAUUAUGUAUGAAGAUUUUGUUUCUUGUAAGAGGCAGUUCUUUUCAAUAUGCUUUUCAUAUGCUAGUUUUCUGUGGUUGGAAACAAAAUGCUAAUUGACUAGCAGGCAAAAUGCUUUGAGCGAUCAACAAAGAGAGCAAAGGCUUGUUACUUGUUA